AUGGCAGCUGUUGCUGUUAAAAAGCUUCAUGAAUUUGAAGGAGAUAAUCCUGCUUUUGACUCUUCAUUUAGGAAUGAAGCCAAGCUUCUCUCUCAGAUUCGCCAUCGCCAUGUUGUCAAGCUUUCUGGAGUUUGUAUGCACCAACAAAGCAUGUUUCUCAUAUAUGACUACAUGGAAAGAGGAAGCCUCUUUAGCGUGUUGACGGAUGAAGACGAAGCUGUCAAGCUGAACUGGAAGAAAAGGUUAGCCUUCACAAUGGAGGUUACAGAAAAAUGUGAUGUAUAUAGGUACAGAGUUUUGGCAUUGGAAGUCAUGUUUGGUCAGUUUGGAGAUCAUCCGGAGGAUUUCAUUUCCUUCAUGACGAUAAUGAAGAGAUCCACGCAGUUUACUCAAAAGAUGAUGGUGCAACAACUCUUGGACAAGAGGAUGUGUUUGGAGUUGUGA